GAGCCCUUGCCCUAACACGGAAGCGGGGCCGUCACGUGGGGCGGCGUGAGCCGCUGCCUAGGAAACACGAAGCGCUCGAUCCGGGCGGAAGCUGGGGCGCGGGAGUAGGGGUCUCGCGGCGAGGAAGGCUCUGCUCCGGGGACACGAUGCUGUGCACCGGAAGGCUGGGCGGCUUUGGAGCCAGAGCAGCGGCUCGGGGCAGCCUCGGAGCCGGGAUCCGGGCCCGAAGGGUCAGCACUAGCUGGUUUCCAGUGGGUGCCGCCUUCAAUGUCAAGCCCCAGGGCAGCCGCUGGGACCUGUUCGGCGAGCGCCGGGGUCUUUUUGGAGUUCCUGAGCUCAGUGCUCCAGAAGGAUUUCAUAUUGCACAAGAAAAAGCCUUGAGAAAGACAGAAUUGCUUGUGGAGCGUGCGUGUUCCACCCCGCCUGGGCCCCAGACUGUGCUGAUCUUCGAUGAGCUCUCGGAUUCCUUGUGCAGAGUGGCUGACUUGGCUGAUUUUGUGAAAAUCGCCCACCCUGAGCCAGCAUUCAGAGAAGCCGCAGAGGAAGCCUGUAGAAGUAUUGGCACCGUGGUAGAGAAGUUGAACACAAAUGUGGAAUUAUAUCAAAGUUUGCAAAAAUUACUAACUGAUAAAAAACUUGUGGAUUCCCUUGAUCCGGAAACAAGGCGAGUAGCUGAACUGUUUAUGUUUGAUUUUGAAAUUAGUGGAAUCCAUCUAGACAAAGAAAAGCGUAAAAGAGCAGUGGACCUCAAUGUUAAAAUCUUGGAUUUGAGUAGUACAUUUCUUAUGGGAACCAACUUUCCCAACAAGAUUGAGAAGCAUCUCUUACCAGAACACAUUCGCCAUAACUUUAUAUCUGCUGGGGAUCAUAUCAUAAUUGAUGGCCUCCAUGCAGAAGCACCAGAUGACUUGGUGCGAGAAGCUGCUUAUAAAAUUUUUCUUUAUCCCAAUGCUGGUCAAUUGAAAUGUUUAGAAGAAUUGCUCAGCAGCAGAGAUCUUCUGGCAAAGUUGGUAGGGUAUUCCACAUUUUCCCACAGGGCUCUCCAAGGAACAAUAGCUAAAAAUCCAGAGACUGUCAUGCAGUUCCUUGAGAAACUAUCUGACAGACUUUCUGAAAGAACUCUAAAAGACUUUGAGAUGAUUCGAGGGAUGAAAAUGAAACUGAAUCCUCGAAAUUCGGAAGUAAUGCCUUGGGACCCCCCCUACUACAGUGGUGUGAUUCGUGCAGAAAGGUAUAAUAUUGAGCCCAGCCUAUACUGCCCAUUUUUCUCUCUUGGAGCAUGCAUGGAAGGCCUGAAUAUUUUGCUUACCAGACUGUUGGGGAUUUCGUUAUAUGCAGAGCAGCCUGCAAAAGGAGAGGUGUGGAGUGAAGAUGUCCGGAAACUGGCUGUUGUUCAUGAAUCUGAAGGAUUGUUGGGCUACAUUUACUGUGAUUUUUUUCAGCGAGCAGACAAACCACAUCAGGAUUGCCAUUUCACAAUCCGUGGAGGCAGAUUAAAGGAAGAUGGAGACUAUCAACUCCCAGUUGUAGUCCUUAUGCUAAAUCUUCCCCGUUCCUCAAAGAGUUCUCCAACUUUGCUAACUCCUGGCAUGAUGGAAAAUCUUUUCCAUGAAAUGGGACAUGCCAUGCAUUCGAUGCUGGGGCGAACUCGUUACCAACACGUCACUGGGACCAGGUGCCCUACUGAUUUUGCUGAGGUUCCUUCUAUUCUGAUGGAGUACUUUGCAAAUGAUUAUCGAGUAGUUAACCAGUUUGCCAGACAUUAUCAGACUGGGCAGCCACUGCCAAAAACUAUGGUGUCUCGUCUUUGUGAAUCUAAAAAGGUUUGUGCUGCAGCUGAUAUGCAACUUCAGGUCUUUUAUGCCACUCUGGAUCAAAUCUACCAUGGGAAGCAUCCCCUGAGGAAUUCAACCACAGACAUUCUCAAGGAAACACAAGAGAAAUUCUAUGGCUUACCAUACAUUCCAAAUACUGCCUGGCAGCUGCGGUUCAGCCACCUCGUGGGGUAUGGUGCCAAGUAUUACUCUUACCUCAUGUCCAGGGCAGUCGCCUGCAUGGUUUGGAAGGAAUGUUUUCUACAGGAUCCUUUCAACAGGGCCGCCGGGGAGCGCUAUCGCAGGGAGAUGCUGGCCCACGGUGGAGGGAGGGAGCCCAUGCUCAUGGUUGAAGGUAUGCUUCAGAAGUGUCCUUCUGUUGAUGACUUCGUAAGCGCCCUCAUUUCUGACUUGGAUCUGGACUUCGAAACUUUCCUCAUGGAUUCUGAAUAACAGAAAUACUCUAAACCUCUUAAAUCAAGGUCAUGUCGAUAAUGACUUUAUUAUCAAUGCUAUGGUGGUGAGAGCUUGUUUCUGAUUUCGGUGUUCACUUCUGUCAUAACUUCUGAAAAACUUCAAACUGAUAGAACUUGGAAUAAAUCGUUUGUUUUAAUUAUA